AUAGAUUGCGAAGGGUGGGACGAAGGAGCCUGACGUCUUCGCAGUUCCUCGUCUGAAUUCGCCUUGAUUUAGUUAUCAAUCAUUUGUGUUGCUGCAAAUUUUCAACCAAAUCAGUUUUAGGCGGUACAAAAGGUUUUAGGAAACGGGGGAGGGUACAGGCAUCCGUGGGAGUUUGUGUUUAAGAGGAACGUAGUGAGUCAAACAGGUUGAAACAACAGAAAUGGACGAAAAGGCGUUUACGAAGGAACUCGAUCAAUGGAUAGAGCAACUGAAUGAAUGCAAACAGCUUUCAGAAAGUCAAGUGAAAUCGCUGUGUGAAAAGGCAAAAGAGAUAUUGACCAAGGAAUCUAAUGUCCAAGAGGUACGAUGCCCCGUCACGGUAUGUGGCGACGUCCAUGGCCAGUUUCAUGACCUCAUGGAGCUCUUCCGAAUCGGAGGGAAGUCACCAGACACAAACUACCUAUUCAUGGGAGACUAUGUGGACCGAGGGUAUUAUUCCGUGGAAACUGUCACACUCCUUGUAGCUCUUAAGGUUAGGUACAGGGAACGUAUAACAAUUCUCCGAGGGAACCACGAAAGUAGGCAGAUCACACAAGUGUAUGGCUUCUACGACGAGUGCCUAAGGAAAUAUGGCAACGCAAACGUUUGGAAAUACUUCACAGACCUCUUCGACUACCUUCCUCUCACUGCCUUGGUAGACGGUCAGAUAUUCUGUCUUCAUGGAGGGCUGUCACCAUCCAUAGACACAUUGGAUCAUAUUCGAGCAUUGGACCGCUUACAGGAAGUCCCACACGAGGGUCCCAUGUGUGAUCUGCUGUGGUCAGACCCAGACGACCGUGGGGGCUGGGGCAUCUCCCCCCGAGGUGCAGGCUACACCUUCGGGCAAGACAUAUCUGAAACCUUCAACCAUGCCAACGGCCUUACACUGGUCUCUAGGGCUCACCAACUUGUAAUGGAGGGGUACAACUGGUGUCACGAUCGCAACGUGGUAACAAUCUUCAGUGCACCCAAUUACUGCUAUCGAUGUGGUAACCAGGCAGCUAUAAUGGAACUUGAUGACACCCUGAAGUAUUCCUUCCUGCAGUUCGACCCUGCGCCUCGCAGAGGGGAACCACACGUGACCCGUCGCACUCCAGACUACUUCCUGUAAUCUGUAUAGUACAGUAUUUGCCAUGAUUUUAAUAAAACUACAUUCAGCUUGAAGAAAACGGAUAGGAGGGACAAGGCAACCAAAUGGGGGAAAUGUAUAGGCGGUCAGAUUAAAAGAAAAACAUAAAAAAAAAAGGAAAAAGGAAAAAAAUGUAUAUGAUUCAUGCAUCCAGAAAAAAGUGCGUACAUGGACCAAAAGGUGUGUGCCAUAUUGAAAAUGAUAUUAAGUAGACUGUUCAGAUCAAGACUGUAAGAUCAGAUUCCACUUAGCUCUUCCUGUAUUUUUUUUUCUUUUCUCCUCUCUCUUCUAUUUCUUUCUCUCCUUUUCUUUUUUCCUUUCCUUCCUUCCUUCCAUUCAGGCUGUUGUAGCGUUUUUCGAGCUGCUUUAAAGCGCACUGGUCUGUUUUACAAACCCUGCAAAUGUUUUUUAUACAUAUAUUUGAAGAGUUUGCACUCUGUUUUUUUAUCUGGUUAAAAAAUAUAUAACCCAAGUUAAGAUGUCAAAUAUUUUCACUCUAUGAUCUUUUUUUUUUUUCUUUCCUUCUCUGGUUAGUCAUUUUUAUAUCCCAGAAAUGCAACAGGAUUAAAAAUUGGAAUGGAAAAAAGAUCCUUAAAAAAAACUCAAGUCAUGUUGAGCUGACAGUCAGGCUAUUGUGGAAAUGGUUCCAGUUAGUACUUUUGCUGGAGUCUGGUCUGAGGACAACAGAAUAAUAAAGGUGGAAGUAAAGAAUCUCA